GGAUUCAGCCCGACACCCUGUGUGCAUAUAAGUCGUCUGACGUUUCUCCACAUAUCUUUGCCAGCGGCUCAGCACAUCAAGCUGCUUGACAACUUUUAUUGUGCAGAGUAAGUCUUGCACUCCAGAUAUCUAUCAAGGACAAGCAUUUCCCUGGCGGACCGGAGAACGCCAUGGAGUGGGAGACAUCCCUGGUCCCAUACUCGCGACUCCCCAGCUGGGCCCCGGAGCAUUGCUUCAACUUCAUCAUCCCGGAUUGCGUCCAGACGGAGUCACCAAGUCUCGCAUCAACUAUCAGCAGUCACGAAGAAGACACGGACGGGAUUGUACUAUCAGGGGCAGCCCAGUUACACGUCUCAGAAAUCCCUUCUCUGCCUUUUCGAGAAGACUUCCACCCGACCUGCACAGAGCUCAACCCAGGCCUCGCAAAGCAGAAUAAGAGCAAUGCAGCAGGUAUUCGGGCUAGACAUGGAGACAGCGGAAACAACAGCAGCAACGACACCGUGGAGCUACACUCUAUGGACAGCGACACCGUCUCGCCGCAGUCGAAAAGUGAGGACGGUCCCGAGCAGAACAAACCACGCAUCAUUCCCGCAUGUCCAGAGCAGCACGGCAUCACGCCAGUCACGCACGUGCACGAGCAGGGACUACACAUGCGAGUUCUGGCCGACGGCAGGGACGCACUGCGCCAGCGCAACGUCGUGGCGGCACGUAAGAGUCGCGCAAAGAAAAGGGUGGAAAACGAUGUGCUCGAGAGCAAGGUCCUGGCGCUUGAAAAGAAGACCCGAGCGCUCGAGAUUCAAUGGUACAAUGUGCGCGCGAGUUUCAAUAAAUUCCAACAAGAGCUCGAUACCAUGAACGCCAUAUGGUUGGAGGAUUUUGCGCAAGUGUCUUGAUUUUCCUUUGCCCACGAGCUCAAAAGGGUAUGGUUGCUGAUCUACAUUUGGUCAGAGGGCGGGCUGUUCAACAUAUGGAUUCUGGGACGGCCGUCGAAUUUGGAGGAAUCAAAAGAUUCAAUGCUAAAAGGUGAAAGAAAAAGAACAAGGAAAGACAAGCAAAGAGGCCACUUGUUCGCAAGUUGUAAUCGUUAGGAGAUAAUUUGAAUGAGAAAUUGAUCACAUCACUUCGAUUUUCGAGGUGACCAAUGCCUGGCUGACGAGAUAUGCAUCGGAAAGCGAUUGGGGAAAAAAUCACUCGCC